AUCGUGGCUUUAAACAAGAACACUUACGAAACUUCUCGUAAGAUAUUGACUCUUAGAGUAGAAGCAAAAUCAAGUUUGUCACAAUAUGAAGUUGAAAUGAAAUUCCUAAACUUGAAUGUUGAUGAUAUGUUUCGAUAUAAUAAAACACAUCAACUUGAGGAAAUAUUUCGAGAAAAUUUAUGGAAAGAGAGUACUGAGAUAUAUAUCACCAAAGUUGUUUCAUCAUUAGAUGUCGGUGGUCGCUUGCCUCUAAAUCCGAAGGAAAAGGAAGGUGUUGUUGUAAGAAUUGGUGGAAUUAAUGCCUUUUCAAGAGAUCUUGAAGAUUUAGAGAGAGAAGUACAGCCAUUAAGAAACAGAUUACCUUGUCCACGUGAUUAUAAAAGAACAUCAGUGGAACGUUUAUUUCGAAGUAAACAUUUUGUAGCAGACUGGUGUAGUUUUCGUUUGAUAUCAAGGAAAGAUCACAGUGAUAGGGGAACAAGCCAUGGAUGGUCUGACCACCCAUAUUCUUCGAUAUCUUUAAUAAGUGAUGAGUUCAAUCCACAGUCCAUUAAUCUUCCAAGGCGAGAUUUUGCAUUUGAUUUUGUUGUUUCAAUUAUUAUUCCUACUACCAUAGUUGGAAUUUUAUCGACGGCCCUUACUUGUAUAAUGUGCUGCAACCGUGAUAGAAUGGAGAAGAAAGGAGAUUCAUCUAGUGUUCAGCUUAAUCAAUAUAAUUCAAUCCACCAACCAUCAAGCAAUUUGCAAAGGUUAGUGACUAAAAGAGGUAGUUUGCCUUGUUCAGGUUCUACUCCUGGGUCAUCUUUUCCUUGUUCUCGAGUUGCAAGUCCUUCAUCAACGCUGCCUAAAGGUUGUACUAUGAGGACAGCAACAAAAACUGGAACUCUGCGAAAUUUAAUGCCUCCUCCUCCACCAUAUAGUCCUUCAUGUUUGGUACCAAAACAAAAUGCAGUGGUGCAGUGUCUUCAUUAGUGUGCAUUAUGCAUUUAUAUGUAAUGGGGUUUAUUGUUUUGAUGAUUCUAUGAUUUGCAACAUAGAUAACCUCUGUUUUAUGAAAGAAAAUGUUCAUAUGAAAUGCAGUGUAGCUCCAGCUUCCAAAAAUUGUGAGGUAAUACACGUGGAAGUUCAUAGAUUAUUUAAUUGUUAGAUGUUAAAGUGAUAGGAAGGUACAAGAGACAAGUAUGUUGGAGAGAGAGAAGGAUCUGCUAACUUUCACUGUAAUUUGAAUUCAUUAGGCCAUGUAUAUUGCAAUGUAUACAACUUUUAUAUCUGUAUGCUGAAAUUCAGUGCUGAAAGUAAAAAUUUUACAAAUGA